ACUUGUUCAGGUGUUUGUACCUACUGUAAUUGUUAUAUUACGUGACACAUCUGUCACGUGAGAAUACAAUUAAGCAGAUAACAGUAGGCAAAAUGACAGUUUAUAAAAAUGUCAUAUUGAAUAAAGGAUUAUGAAUUAGCGUAUUAAAGGAAAAUACAACUCCUGAUUAAUAUAAAUGUUCACAAUAUAUUUUCGUUUAUUGAAAGCUAUUAUGGAACGCGGAAAAAUAAUAGUUAGUGUGUAACGCUUUUCAUAAAGAAUUAAGCAAAAACGUGUACCGGGUUCGAACCCCAGCACAGGAACAUUUUAAUAUCGUUUCUUUUUUAAUUAUAAUUAUUGAAAACAAUUCCAAAUAAUUAUUAAAUUAAAGAACAUUUAGUUUUCAUGCAGAUUGUUGCGAAGUGAAAAUAAUAAUUAAUGUACUGGUUAAACGUCCGCGUGUUUUCCUAGUAUUGAUCUUUGUACGUGGUUGUACCUUUAACCACAGUAGUGGCAACGCAUACACGUCAAGGAGCCUGAGUGCCUUGAAGUGGACUUCUCUGGCGCCUGUUGACUCCUCUGCGUUGUGAUAGUGCCUACCCUUGUUGGAUGUAUAAUAAUUAACGGUGAAACGAAAAUGUCAACAGACGCUGUAGAUUUUCUGUCAAAGUUAGCUUCCGUUUCAAUUUGCGACGCCAAUCAAGAGGCAAAUACAGAUCAUGUUGAGCGUCUUGACAGCAGUGAACCAAUGUCCGCGGAUGGCAGGGCAAGUCUUCGGUCCUCUGACAGCGACCUUUAUGCUCGGGGACCGCAGAGACAUGGGCAGAGACAAUCCAGUAAGGAUACCACUCACCCAUAUGCUCAUGGCACAGCACCAUACAACACAUUACCUGUUUUGACCUCUACAUGUACCAACAAUCAAGGACUUGUCUCCAAUGUGUAUUCGCCUCAAGAUUUAGAUCAUACUUUGCUGCCAUUGCUGCAAGAAUUUAAUAGAGACAUGGCAGACAAAGUACGUGAAUCAAUGAAAAAAAAUGGAUCGAACGCCAAUAACUACCCCAGCACUGCCGGAGAUCUUUCGAUAAUUGCUGCUCCUAACUCAUCCCAAAUGUCAUCGAUUGAACUAUCGCCGGAACCCGCUAAUACAUCGCCUUCUUCUGGAUAUGUAUCUAGUCAGGAUCCAAAUCAGUGUGAUUCAGCGUCGAUUCCUUCCGCUGAUCUUUUGGAUUAUGCUCUAGAUCUGUGGGAUGAACUUCAAAACCCGGGCGAAAAUAUAAACUUUCCUGAUAUGCCUUCUACGAUUACUUUACAAACCGGCAUGGGAUUGAAUUCAAAUAACGCUUUAUUCUCUACGCCGAUGACCUAUUGCACGGCAAGCGCAGCAAAUGGACAGGCAUGGAAACAACCUACACACGGAUGCACUACAAAUCCACCGACAGACUUUCUACAAAAACACACUGGCGUAAUCAGUAACGACAUUCAACCACAGCCCAAUAUACCAGAGACCUUGUUAUGCCCAGCGGUAAAUGGGACACAGGUAGGACAUCCCGCUGCACCAAUAUUUAUCCAGGACAAUCAAAUGGCUGUAAACGUGUCUUCACCGACGGACAUAGGAUAUAUACCACCUGUGGUUGGAAAAGUCCUCUUUCAAACGAGUUCCAAUACUUUUACCAAUGCAUUGGAUAUGGAUCCACAAGCAAACCACUCAUCGGCACUUGUGGUCAAUGGUACUAAAGAUCGUGUAACUGGGUCAUAUAAGAUGCAGCCAUUUCUUUACGGAGCAUCCGACCAGAUUGCCAUGGCAAACGUUACAUAUUCGCAAACACCCUCGUCUAACGAAAUACCUUGUCAGAUCAAUACCCCUCUGUCAUAUUGGACAAUAUCCGAUCAAACCAGUGCACCAGGUUCGUAUCCGCAAGCACGCCUUUCAGAUGGAAUGUUCGGUCAGGUGCUUAAUGCUCUUCAGCAACAAACAUCUUCGAGCGGAACAUGUGGUCAGAUGACCACGCUUCGAAUGGCAAAUCAGCAAUCGCUCGCUACACAUGGAACAUCCAAUCAGAUUUUAAAUACGCAACAAUACAAGCAACCACCACCCUAUGGAAUACCCGGGCAGACAAAUGCUCAAAUGUCGUAUCCGCUAUCAGCUGGCAUAUCUGGUCAGAUGGUGAAAGAACAAGCAAUCUUGCGUAACCGAUCUCCCGACCAAGUGUACGCCGAUACAAAAAUGAUUUACAACAGAUCAGUCAAUCCGGGUAGGGCACCCGGGAUGCCAAAUCAAAUACCCUUACCGACGGCAGGCGUAAUGAGUCAGCGAAUGGUACAGCCGCAGUCUAAUAUGGGACAAUAUGUUCCACACGCAGAUUCAGCGCCACUUAAAAAUCAGCCGAUUUCCGGUUCGUCACAGAUACAAAGGCAAUCUAUGCUUGGAAGUUAUCCCGUCAAUUGCAUGUCAGCGGGUCCAGCUUCCAUUCAGCAGAUCUUACCUGUUACACAGGCGCUGCAAGGAAUUCAACAGUCCAGUUAUACCGUUGUCAAUGCAGACAUUGCUUUGAAUGUCAACAACAGUCACGGAUUUCAGACCGGCCUUGUGUCAGUCUACAAUGGUUGCUCUCCGGGACCUCAAGUCGUCAUGCGACAUCCUAUUUCUUGUAUCGUUAGUCCGAAUGGACAAAGCGGACCCAUGUAUAUAGCAAUACAGCCUAAACUCUCUGCUGACCAAGCUUGCCAGUCGUCCAACAAUGAGAAGGCUCAACAAAGUCGCAAAAAACGCGGUACCAACAUGAAACAUUAUACAGCUGAUUUCGUAGGGCAAAAAUCGGCCGAGGCAGCAAUUGCAGUGGUGCCGAGCUUAACUGUGAGGGACGCUUCGGGUGACACACCCCUUCAUGUGGCUGUCUGCAGGAAUGACCCUUACCUAAUUAAAGCCAUGUUGAGCCGUUUGGAACACGAGGGCCAGUUGAAAUGGAUGGACUGUAAGAACAAUAAAGAACAAACUCCACUGUAUUGUGCGGUUUUUCUGGCGUUCCAUGGCGUCGUUAGCGUACUUGUUGAGAAAGGGGCUGAUCCAAACUGCAUGGCAGUUCAUAUUAAAGAUUCGAAUGGCAAAGAAAAAUGUAAGUCAGCCAUCCAUGUCGCGUCCAAGAACACGAAAGAAAUGGACUAUAAACGCACGCUGAGUGCGUUGCUGAAGUCGGAUAAGUUGAAUAUCAACAAUACAAACAACUCUGGCCGCUCUGCGCUACACUGUGCGAUACUAGCCCAGAGUAAAAAUCCCGACCACGUGAACAGCGAGCCUACUUUGCGUCUGCUCCUGGACGCCGGUGCUGACGUCAGAAUGCGGGACAAGGAUGGUCUGACACCCCUGAUGCAUGCCGUGAUUAAGAAGCAAGUGAAGCUCGUGAAGUUCCUGAUCGAGUAUUGUGGAGGGAAAGGUGGGAAGGCGGAGGCGAUCGUCAAAGACACGGACUAUCACAGACGAACAGCGCAGGAUAUGGCUUCGGAAAUCAGAGAUACGAUUGGAACCGAAAUAUGGAACAUUCUGAACAAUGUCUGUACAUAGGACACCAUUUUUGUUCUUUUCUGAAAAAAAACGAAGUUGCGUGUAUUUUUGUUUUUAUUCGAAUUUAUAUUGUCUAUAUUCGUGUUGUUGUGUUUUAUGGGUCUACCUUUAUCUAUGAAAAUGUGUACAUGAGUUAUUUAUUGAAGUUUGGUGUGUCAUCUUUGAUACAUGCAGAACCUGUUUUGUUUCUUACUUUAUUUGCAGAUGUGUUGAUAAAGUAUAUCGGGUUA